UCAUACACCACAUCUUCAAACCCUCACUUAACCUCUGCUACUACUCCGUAUACACUCAUCACACCAACACCAUGACGCACUUCAACAUCCAAAUCAUCUCCGACACCGUCUGCCCGUGGUGCUACAUCGGCUACCGCCGUCUCUCCCGCGCCAUCACCACCCACAAAACCACCUACCCAACCGACACCUUCACCCUAACCUGGCACGCCUUCUACCUGAACCCUUCCUCCCCGACCUUCCCGGGCCUCGACAAGACCGAAUUCUACCAGUCCAAGUUCGGCGCCGACCGCACGACCGCCAUCUUCAGUCGCUUAGCGGCCGUGGGCCAGGCCGAUGGGAUCGCGUUUAGUUUUGGAGGGCGGACGGGGAAUACCCGGGAUUCGCAUCGGUUGUUGUGGUUUGCGGGGCAGAAGGAAAGGGAGACGGCAGGGACGGCAGGGGAGGAGGGGGUAGUUGGGGGAUUGCAGACGCGGGUGGCGGAGCAGUUGUUUCGGGCGUAUUUUGAGGAGGAGAAGAAUAUUACGGAUCGGGAGGUGUUGGUCCAGGCGGCUGUGGGGGCCGGGUUGGAGAGAGCUGCCGUGGAGGCGUUGUUGGGGUCCGAGGAGGGAGGGAAGGAGGUCGAUUUGGAGGCCGAACGGGCGAGACGGCAGUUGGUCACUGGCGUGCCGUAUUAUAUGGUGCAGGGCCAGUAUGCGGUUGAGGGGGCGGAUGAGCCGGAUACCUUUUUGGAGGUGUUUGAGCAGGUGAAGAAGUCGGCCUAGGGGAUACUAUACACGGACUAGUGGUCUACGGGGGAAGAGGAUUAAAUGAUGCGGGUGACAUUGAAUGUUCUAGUGGUGGAACAGAGCAAAGCCCGAGGACAGCAACCCGGCCGCACAGAAAGUAACACAUGCAUCGAAGUGUAAGUAGGGGAGUCUAGUCUCAUAAGACAGCCAUCUUUUGCCCAUUAG